AUGAAUGCUGGUGGUAAAGCAGGAAAAGAUUCUGGAAAAGCAAAAGCUAAAGCGAUUUCUCGUUCGCAUAGGGCCGGUCUUCAGUUUCCUGUUGGUCGUAUUCACCGCCACUUGAAAACUCGCACAACGAGCCAUGGCCGUGUCGGUGCUACUGCUGCUGUCUACUCUGCGGCUAUUUUGGAGUAUUUGACCGCUGAGGUCCUUGAGCUUGCCGGAAAUGCUAGUAAGGAUCUCAAGGUGAAACGCAUUACUCCACGACAUUUACAAUUAGCUAUUCGGGGCGAUGAAGAAUUGGAUACUCUCAUCAAAGCAACAAUUGCUGGGGGUGGCCUUCGAGCGUCUCGACAGCUGCGACUCCCUACAAACAACAUCCAUCCUCAGGGUGUCAAAGAAGUGGUGAAUUCGGUAGCUGUUGGAGGACGCCGACAGACAGCUGACUCGGGAGGUCGAAAAGCUAAAAAGAGAAAAGCAAUGGAGAAGUAG